AGCACUCAUUCAUCAAUGGGGAACUGCCACCAACAUGCUACAUGUUAUUACACCUCACCUGGACAGGUAAGCACUCAUUCAUCAAUGGGUAACUGCCACCAACAUGCUACAUGUUAUUACACCUCACCUGGACAGGUAAGCACUCAUCCAUCAAUGGGGAACUGCCACCAACAUGCUACAUGUUAUUACACCUCACCUGGACAGAAUACUUGUGCAUGUAAUGAAGGAUAUAUUGGAGAUGGAUAUGAUUGUUCACUUACAAAUUCCUGCACUGGUGUCUGUCAUCCACAGGCUACAUGUGAAGACAUAGAGGGUGUGCCACAUUGCAUUUGUGGAAAUGGUUACCAUGGAGAUGGAAUCGUCUGCUACAGCAACAUUGCUAUUGAGAUAGCUAGUAAUUCAAUACUGAUCAAUUUCAAUAACUUACUAAUGAUUAUCGGUGUCAGGUCUGUAAAAACAUGUGGGUUUUAAGCCGAAUGUGGUUGGUUGCAGAUGUAGGGUUUGGUGCAGUCCGCAAUAAAAUUGCCAUCCGGCCACACUUUGCCCACCUGUG